CGCUGUUUGGACUGCUGCGGUUACCCUGAUUGAAGUGGCAGAGGACUACCAGGAGCAUCCUUAGGGCUUUGUUGGUGGUCUUAUUGUACAGUUCUGCAUUGGUACACGUUACAUCUGGUGAACACCAUGUCCCAGGGACAGAAUUUCCUGCCCAAGUUCCUCUUUGUGAGUAACCUGCUGAAAGCGGUCAAGAUCCGGGAGCGGGUGCCCAACGAUGUAGUGAAGCCUGCGGGCAGUGAAAGCCUGAUGCACCACCUGCGGGGCAUGCACCGGUACACCCUAGAGAUGAUCAGCAUGAGCCAGUUCCCUCAGGCCUUCCAACAGGUCAUUCAGGCAGCCAUCUUGGACAGGGCCAUGCAGAGCUCCCUAGAGCAGGAGAAGAAGCUCAACUGGUGCCACGAGGUCAAGAAAAUGGUACCACUGAGGACCAAUGGAGAUGGGAACUGUCUUCUCCAUGCUGCCUCUCAGUACAUGCUGGGGGUGCAGGACACAGACCUGGUCCUGAGAAGGCCCUGCACAGUGUGCUCAAGGAGAACAAACAGGCAACUUUAG